AUGGUUGCUCAAAUUUCUUCUGUUUCUGAAUUUGAUUCUACUUUAUCUGGUACUGACAAAUUAGUUGUUGUUGAUUUCUUUGCCACCUGGUGUGGUCCAUGUAAGAUGAUCGCUCCAAUGAUUGAAAAGUUCGCUGAACAAUAUGCUGAACAAGCUACUUUCUUAAAGGUAGAUGUUGACCAAGUCCCAGAUUUAGCUCAAAAAUACGGUGUCUCUGCUAUGCCAACUUUAGUUUUCUUCAAGAACGGAAGUGAAUUGACCAGAGUUGUUGGUGCUAACAUGGCCGCUGUCAAGCAAAAUAUUGUUUCUAACAUCUAA